AUGUCCUCCCCAAUUGCUCUCGUCCUCGGUGCAGGAGCCAACAUCGGCCAAGCCGUAGGUCGCAAGUUCACUGCAAACGGUUACAAAGUGGCCCUCGCAAGUCGUACGGCAUCAGACACUAGCAAUCAAGAGACAAAGGACGGGCUCUUUCACUUUCGAGUUGAUUUGUCGAAUCCCACAAAUGUAAAGACUCUGUUUGAGCAGGUCCAGAAUUCCUUGGGAGUUCCGAGUGUGGUCAUCUACAAUGCCAGCCAUACAGUCCGCGGGGAAACCCCCUUCUCAAUCACCCCCGAAGCCUUCCAAGAAACCCUCAAUGUAAUCACAACCAGCGCCUUUGCCGCUGCCCAGGAGGCAGUUCGAGGCUUCGAGACAUUGCCAAAAUCCUCGCCAAAAUCAUUCUUGUUUACUGGCAAUGCACUGGACGAAAUCAUUAUUCAGGGAAUGGCGCCGGCGGGCGCUGGCAAGUCUGCAACUGCGCAUUUGAUGAAGGCUGCGGCUGCGUCGGAGACGUAUUUGGAGAAGGGGUAUACAUUUUACUAUGUUGAUGAACGAACAAGUGGAGGUCUACCAGCUUACAACAAGAUUGAUGGAGCGGCACAUGCUGAUCACUUCUAUGAGUUGGCAAGUGACAAGAACCAGAGAGAAUGGAAACAGACGUUUGUCAAGGGGAAGGGAUAUGUCAAGUUCUGA